GAAAUGUCUACUCGACGACAACUCCGUGUCGUUCUUGCUCGAAAUCCGCCAGAUGCUUUUGCAAAUUGUCCAUUAUUCCCGACUCUUGAUGUCAUUUUACAAUGUCCGUUUCCCGGAUGGACCAUGGAGGUUCUCAAAAUGAUAACGGACUCUUUGAAAUGGGAAAUAAUACCUGUGGUUACACCGACUAUUGUUGGAGGACUCGAUUGGGGAACAUUGCAGAAAAAUGGAACUUGGAGUGGAGUACUUGGUUAUUUGCAAAACGGAACUGCCGACGCAGUUGCUCUUAUGUAUCAGAAAACUGACACCAGAAACGAAUACUUUGAGUAUUCCUACCCGGUAACUAAUGUUCAACCGGUAUUCGUAGCUCGAAAAAAGACUGAAACUCUCGGAUCCGUACUGUGGAAUGCUUUCAAACCAUUUUCAGUUGAAGUCUGGCUUUGCUUGCUUGCAAGCCUUGUGCUAAAUCUUCUCAUAAUGAUUGCCAUCAGUGGAAUUGAAUUCAAAUUGUUAUUCAGAAGUCGGUUCAGACCUUGGGAGAUGCUCUGGCAUGUAGUCCAAUUGCAACUCGACGAAAAAAGUGAUGACAUGUUAUUCUACACCCUGUCUGGCAAUAUUGUCCUAUUUGUUUUUGCACUUUUACAAUCGGGAAUACUAAUUGAAGUGUACAAAGGUAUGCUUCUCACUGCACUUAUUACUUCAAAUGGAGAUAAUCCAUUCGCAAAUGCUGAUGAAAUGAUCAAGCUUAUUGGAGAGAAAAAGUAUCAUCUAACUACAAACUACAUGGGAAAUUGGUACUUUGAUGAUCUUCAACAUUCCGAUCAGCAACAUUUCGUGAGCCUCCGAGCUGCGACUGCUUCUAAUCCAGUUAUCCCGGCUGCAAGUGUCUCUGCUGCACUUGAUCUGGUAGAUUCUGGAAAGUAUAUCUACCCGAUUCAACAAGAUUCUCUGGCAAUGCAAAUGAGUAAAGAACGAUGUAAUUACGUGUAUGUUAGUGAUGGAAUGCCCCAAGUCUCCUCGUUUUUUGUAUUUACCAAAAAUUUUAGUGGAAUCGCUGAGUUUAACACUCAGAUUAUUAUGAAUCAGGCGUUUAUACAACGAACGUUCAAUAAAUAUUUCAAUGAGGGCUUCAAACUGGGUUUUAUUCCAAAAUGUGAAGUAACUGAACCAACUGCUUCGGAUGCAACAAAACCAUUGGAUAUUGAGUCCGUGAUUGGUGUAUUUACAAUUGGAGCAUUGGGGGUUGCUGCUUCUCUAAUGGUUUUUGUUUUUGAGAUAUACCACUACUGGCAUGUUCGUAUCCUUGCCCGUCGUGCCCGUAUGCGUGAUCCAUGGAAUGUACGUAACCUGGCACGUAUUGCCCAAAUACAUUUCACGACACACGAGCAAUAUUCGGACAUUGAUGUUAUGCGUCUCGUUGAUGCAUUUAAUGCCACUUCAUCGUCAUCCGAUACCUCCACAUUGUGAAAUCUUUACUUAUUGAUGAUUCAUUUAUUUACAUUUGUUAAACACUUUUUAAUGUUUGUGUCACAUGAUUCAUCCUCUCCGAGACACACUCUCUCUACUUAUAAUCCUUCCUCUCCACCCUUCGACAAGUUAUCAGUUCAACCAUUUUCGGCACUUAUUUUCAUCAGUUUGAUGGAAUUUUAAACUCUUUUUGAUUUGUAAUACAUUUUGCUCUGAAAU